AUGGAUAUUAAAGGAAGAAAGAUGAAGAAACCUCCUGCAUGUGUUCAAUGUCGUAGGAGAAAAAUUGGUUGUGAUAGAAUCAAGCCUAUUUGUGGGAAUUGUAUGAAAUCAGGUAAAGGCGAUUGUUUUUUCCCUGAUAUUCCAGGGCAAUACGUUACUUCAAAUAUAGGUUCAAAAGAUUUUGAUAAUUUGGGCUCAAGCAAUGGGAACCUAAUGAAUUUACCUUUACAACAUACUAUUUCUCAUCGCUCUAGGGACACUGCCCAAUUGUUACAACACAAUCCAGAAUUGGCUUCAAUGGAACAAAUUAGAGAAUAUAAUACCCGUUUGCAACUAAUGAAUGCUCAAGAACGUAGAUCAACUCCGAUCUCUAUGGAAUCUGCAAAGUUUAUACCAAGAACCGCGACGAAAUUUGAAAAUAAACCAGUAACUUCGGCUAAUAGUUCGAAUCUGAAUCUAAAUUGGGUUCAAGGCCCAGCUAUCUUUGAAUUAAUAAAUACACAAUACUCGGAAAAAGAUCUUAUUCAAAGAGAAUUAAAGUUUAUUAAAGUAAGGUUAUCGGAAUUACAAGAAAUUACAGGUAAAAAAAUUGAGGUCGAUUUAUCCGCUGAUGAGAAAGAUAAAAGGAAAUCAGAUGCAACAGAAGAUAUACCAGUACAGAAAAAAAUUAGACUUUCUUCAAAAUCAGAUGGAGCUUCGGCUGCUGAUGAUAUCAAUGAAUUUGACACCGAAAUUUUAGAUCCAAAAUUGGAAUUUUCAAUUUUCAAUUAUAAUGACAAUGACACAACCACUGCACAACAAAAUUCGAACAUUUUAUCUUCGGCUAAAUUUUCAGAUGUACCAAACUACCUAUUCGAUAUUAGGUUCCUUGUUAAAAGGGAUAAAUUUUUAGAACAUUAUUAUAAAAAAUUGGAUAUGGUAAUUUCAGAAAAAUUUAUAGAUAACUUGACACAAUGGAACCAAUCAAAUUCAAAUAAAAAUUUGGUUUUAAAAUCUCAACAGGUAAUUAAAUUCCCAUCUCGUGUAUUCAGUAAAGAUGUAAUGGAUCAUUUUUCAAAAACAAUGAAAAAAACAGAUUUCAAUAUUACACCAUUAGAAAAUUUUGAUGACAUCUACGAACUAAUUGAUAAAUUAUUUGGACGUGAGCCAGAAUUUAAUCCAAAUUCAUUAAAUAUUACCUCAUUGACACUAUUAGGUAAAUUGUCAGUAAUUUUAUUACUCGUCCAUUCUUCUCUUUCCAAUUCAGUUUCCAAGCCGAUGGGAGAACAAGCAUCAUCAAUGUUACUACAACUUAAUGAAUGGUAUUCUAAUCUAAAAUGUAACUUGUUCCUCAUUAAAAAUGCAUUGGUAUUAAAAUAUGGUUCUCCUCAAUCUUUAGAAGCUUUAAGUUUCUUCUCCUUAUAUAAAUACCAACAAUCUAUCGCCACUGACAUCAAUGAAUUUAUUGAUGGUGACGAUGACAUUCACAUUGCUAGAAAUCUUUCUAUCAACUACGAAACUGAGGAUAAGUCACUAGUAUUAUUAUGGAACUUUAUUUUCAGAUCAUAUGCAUGGAGGCAUUUAUAUAAAGGUGAAAUUCCAGCCUUAAUAAUGGGUAACGAAUUCAGAACAUCAAUUAUAAAGGACCGUGUAUUAGCUGAUGGUAUUGAGUUAUUAUCCUCAGAGAAAGAUUUGGUUAACUAUUUGCAUAAGAAAAACGACAUUCUAUCCUUGAAAAAAGUAGAAUCAUUAAAGGAAAAGGUGAUGUCAUCAUUUUCAGAUCUUACCCAAAAACAAAAAUUCCAUUCGAUUUUUUUGGGAUUCAUACUUCAGUCAUUCAUUUACAGAAAUUUCAAUGUUAUAUUUGGAUUUUUAUUUAUUAAUGCAUAUGAACAAUUGAAAGAAGCUGACAUAUAUGCUUCAUCUUAUCUACAGUUUUUGGAACUAGUAAAAGAGUCAUUACUGUUCAUCACAAACUCUUUUUCGGAUGUGAGCAUAUCUGGUUUGGAAUUUUUAUUUGCAAAAAUGGGUUUCUCCCUAAUAGAUAACAUAUGCAACUUUCUUCUAUCAUUAUACCAACGCUGCUUCUUUUCAUUUAGUUUACAAUCCACUAACAAUGAUGCAAUCCAUGAGAUGACAAAGCAAAAUAUAUCUGAGCAAUUAAAAACAAUAAUAACAAUUCUAAAAAAGGUAAGAAAGUUACUGCAAGACCGUGUCAAUGACUCAAAAAUUGUUAACCCAUUACUUGGGAGAUCUCUUGUAAGAUUAACUACCAUGAUCGAAUAUAUAAAGUUAUGUGAUCAAGAAUCAGAAGCUCAGAUUGCAAUUAACAAACAUUUGCAAUUCGGAGGUUCAAGUGCAUUUGAUAAUAUGAAGGAGGCAAACUUAGUUAAAGGAUUGAAGAUAUUAGAAGAUAUGUCUGUAAGUUUAAUCAAAAAAGAUUCUUUUGAUGAAGAAAAUAGUUAUCGCACAGUGAGUCCAAACACAUUAGGCAUUACUCAUGAGAAUUUUGUUCGUAUUUAUACUUCUCAUUUUAACUAA